AUGAAGGACAACUUCGGCUACGACCUGCCGGCGGUGGAGGCGGCCAUGAAGAAGCACGAGGCCAUCGAGGCCGACAUCUCCUCGUACCAGGAGCGCAUCCAGGUGGUGGUGGAGCUGGCCCUGGAGAUGGAGUCCGAGGGCUACUACGACACCAAGAGGAUCAGCGCCCAGAAGGACAACAUCCUGAGGCAGUGGGGCCUCCUGACCGAGCUGGUCCGCGCCCGCCGCGCCCGCCUCGAGCAGAACUUGGCCCUGCAGAAGAUCUUCCAGGAGAUGGUCUACAUGAUCGACUGGAUGGAGGAGAUGCAGGUUCUCCUGGUCUCCAAGGACCUGGGGAAGCACCUGCUGGAGGUGGAGGACCUCCUGCAGAAGCACGGGCUGCUGGAGGCCGACAUCUCCGCCCAGACCGAGCGCGUCCAGGCCCUCAACGCCGCCGCCCUCAAGUUCUCGGAGCUGGAGGGUUACCAACCCUGCGACCCCCAGAUCAUCUGCAACCGGGUCAACCACGUCCAGACGUGCCUGGAGGAGCUGGAGGAGCUGGCGGCCAAGAGGCGGAAGGAGCUGGAGGAUUCCCGCCAGCUCUGGACCUUCUUCCAGGAGAUGGAGGAGGCCGAGGCCUGGAUCCGCGAGAAGGAGAAGAUCUUGGCCGCCAAGACCUGCGGCCGCGACCUCAGCAGCGUCCUCACCUUGACCACCAAGCACAAGACCAUGCUGGGCGAGCUGGGCAACCGGCGCGCCCUCCUCCACCAGACCAUGAAGAAAGGCGAGAAGAUCCUGGCCAAGAAGUCCUUCGGCCCCGCGGGCAUCCAGGAGAAGAUGCGGGAGGUUUGCCUGCGCUGGAAGAAGCUGGAGGAGGUCACGGGGCUCCACCAGCAGCGCCUGGAGGACGCCCUGAACUUCUUCCAGUUCAGCGCCGAGACGGACGACCUGGUGGCGUGGCUGCAGGACGCCUACCGCAUCGUGUCCAGCGACGACUUCGGCCACGACGACUACUCCACCCAGGUGACGCCCGUUUUAUGCCCCAAACAGGCGCGGCGGAACUGCUCAGAGACAGAGCUUGAGUCUUCGAGCAGCGGCAUGGCCUCCGGGUGGCUCCUGGUGGCCUCCAUCCCUCCCUUAUCCCCCCCGCCCAGCUGGAACCGGGUGGUGGAGCUGGUGGAGACCAAGAAGGGCCAGCUGAGCUCGGCGCUGAAGAUCCAGAACUUCCUCCUGGAGUGCGGCGAGAUGAAGGCCCAGGUGCGGGAGAAGAGGAAGGCCAUCGAGGCCACCCAGUCGGGCGGCGGCGGCGACCUGGGCGGGGUCCUGGCCCUGCAGCGCCGCCUCUCCACCAUGGAGGCCGCCCUGGUGGUCCUGGAGCCGCGGCUGCUGGAGCUGCAGCGCGAGGGCGAGGCCUUGGCCGCCGCCCACCCCGCCCGGGCCCUGGAGAUCCUGCUGCCCUUCGAGGAGAUCAGCGACGAGUGGGAGAACCUCAAGAGGGCCCUGCAGGGCUGCGAGGACACCCUGACCGUGGCCGGGCGGCUCCAGCAGUUCAUCCAGGACCUGGACGACUUCUUGGGCUGGUUGGUGAAGACCCAGGCGGCCGUGGGGUCCGAGGAGGUGCCCGACAGCUUGGCCGAGGCCGAGAGGCUGCUCAACGUCCACGUGGCCCUCAAGGAGGAGAUCAACGGCUACGAGGAGGACUACGCCAAGAUCCAGGCGGCCAGCGAGCUGCUGGCGCUGGAGGAGAUGGAGGUGCCCUCCCUGUCCCUCCAGCAGUGGCUGCAGAAGUUGGACGCGGGCUGGGGGAAGCUCCUGCAGAGCUGGGAGAUGAGGAGGGAGCUCCUGGUGCAGUCCCACGUCUUCCACCUCUUCCUGAGGGACGUCCAGCAGUGCCAGAACACCCUCUACAACCAGGUGGGGCGGUGGGGAGGGCGGGAGGAGGUCUUGGGUGGUGGGGAUGAUGGGUAG